AUUGCGCAUGAGCAGUAUCUAUUCCAUUCAUUGGUAAAAACAAAAACGGCUUUGUGUUUUAACAUUUCCUCCUUAAUCUAGGCCAAAUCACUGUCGUUUUCGGCCGCAUAUCAUCCAUCGACUGUACGUCAUCUGGAAAUUGCCAUGGCAUCACGUGCAGGCUCUAAAGCUGCAGGGGCUGAUGGGAGCGACUUCAAACACAGAGAGAAAGUGACGUCACCCUAUCAGAUGAGUGCUUCACUGAAAUCAGAGAUCAAGAAACUCACCAUAGUGCAUCUCUUAAUAUGGGUACUGGUGGCGGCCCAAGUGGUUGUAAGUCACCUCAACCUAGUUUCACAUGACCUGGUGGCCUUGCCCUAUCAGUGGGAGUACCCAUAUCUUUUGAGUCUCCUGCCUUCGUUGAUUGGAGCACUCUCCAUGCCAAAGAACAACAUAAGCUACCUGGUGAUCUCCAUGAUCAGUGCUGGUUUGUUCUCAGUGGCACCCUUGAUUUUUGGUGCAAUGGAAAUGUUUCCACUGGCCCAACAGCUAUACCGGCACGGGAAAGCUUACCGUUUUAUCUUUGGCUUCUCGGCUGUCUCUGUAAUGUAUCUGCUCAUGGUGGUAGCUAUUCAGGUACAUGCAUGGCACAUCUACUACAGCAAGAAGCUCCUGGAUGCCUGGUUCAACUCAACACAAGAGAAGAAGAAGAAAUAAAUACGUUAUUGUAGGGGGACUUGAAUUUACCUAGAAACAUCAUCUCUAUUGCUGUCUCAGUUUUUAUUCUACAAUGCAUGAGAAUAUACAGAGAUUAAAAUAUAGACAUUUUUAAGCCAACAUGCAUACAUCAAUGUUGACUUUUUACUUUAAUGUUUAUUUGCAUUUUGUUUUAAUGAUACUUUUAAUGUGAUUCAGUGCUUAAAACCUAAAAUUCAGUUACACUACAAAACUACGUCAAAAACUACAUGGGUUUUUAAUGCUUUAUAAAUAAAAGACUACUAUGUAUAUUUCUUUGUAAUUUAUUUAAUUCUGAUUUCAUCAUAAGAUUUUUUUUUUUUUUUUACAUUUUAAAUAUACAUUUAAUGUGCAACCAAUUUUCAAGUAAUCCUGCAGAUAGAGGACUCGCCUGAUUUGUUUAAAAAUACUGAGUUGUUCGACAUUUUAAUAUAUUCUGUUGUCCUAUUAAGGAAGCACUAUCCAUGUUUUUCCUAUUUUUCUUAUAAAUCAUAUUAGCUCAUAACUCAUAAUGCUAUUCAAAUAUGUUUUGUUUGU